UCUGUAUAAAUUGACAACACCUUGAGUUUCUCACACGGGUCUUCACUAGGCAUCAGAGACGAACGACACGAUGUUAUUUGCGGCAAUUUUUCUGUGUUUGCUCCCUUUGGGAAUGUCAGCAAUUUCCAGCCAUUGUCUUGACUGCAUUUGUAGCCUUGAAUCCGGCUGCCGACCGCUAGCAUGUAAAUGGGACGUUAACUCGCCCUCCUGCGGGUACUACCAACUCAAGCAAGUGUACUGGAUCGACUGCGGGAAGCCCGGCGGAAGUCUGACUGCGUGUGCCCUGGAUAAGUCGUGUGCGACAAGGUGUGUGAAGGCGUACAUGAGCCGAUACGGAACACACUGCACGCGCGGCCACACACCGACCUGCGAGGACUACGCCAGAAUCCACAAUGGCGGACCGGGUGGAUGUCACAGGAGCGCCACGCUGGGCUACUGGAGCAAGAUCAGGGCACGCGGAUGUUCGAAAUAUUCUUAAGGAUAACUGUUCAGCUCCCUGUUCAAUAAAUAUUGCUAUAUA